UACUGGCGACUGGAUAGGUUUUUUUGGAACAGCACUCAAGUUGAGCAAAAUGUCUUGAUUUUUGGAACAACAAAGCUUCAUCAGCGGUCGAAUACUGCUAGUGUUAAAGAAAAAUCCUCAAUCGUUUUGUGCAAUUUGGAAAAAGGAGUGUAAUUACAUUUAUUGAAGAAAGAGGGACGAAGCUUUGCAAACUGGUGUUUUAUACUGAGCUGGGAAAGGUGAAAAAUUCGAAUAAAUGCCGUGUGUCAGCCCGGAAGAAAUAGCGAAAGAAAAUAAGAAGCUGGAAAUUGGGGAGAUUUCUUUCGCUGGUGGCCCACAGGCUAGUUUUAUGGAGGUGGCCAAUAUUAUGUGCAAAAAGCGGCUCUUCAUUUAGCUGGAAGAAUGCUGGGGUUUCUGUUGUGUUUUUAAAUUGCAUUUUUUCGGAUUGAAUGACGUUUUAAUCUGCGGUAUUGUUUGUUUCGGGAUUAAUAGUUAAAAUUAUACAUUGUGUAGUCAAAAGUUAGUAGUGAUAAGAAUAUCCGUGUUGGUAAGCGUUUCGGUCAUGGAAAAAAUGUAGUAAAUGAAUAUUCAUGGUCAACAUCAUAAGCUACAUUCAAUUUGCUAUCUUUCACAUUAUCACGCGACCAACGUCUACCCCGAGACAACCGUAAAAUUCAUUAAUAUCUAACCUCCUACUCGUUUUGUGCAACAGAUUCUCCAUAGGGCAGCCGCGCAGGCAGAAGUGGUUUGUGUUGCAAAAUCAAUUUUCGAUUAAAUGGUGGAGGAUCUCGUGGAAUUAGCCUAGAUUAAGCGAAGGAAAGUGUAGAAGCGUGCAACAGCAUUCAGUGUGAUGAAGCCUUAAUGAUUAUUAUGAUGCUGAUUAUGGAAGUUAAAAUUGCCUUUGCAAGAGCGACGAAUUAGGUGAUGAAAAAAGUUGGUUUCCGCGAAGGUCUCUCGCGGUGCAGCUGAAUAAGUCAGAAAGCAAACAUUACUAAUCAAACUUACGGAUAGGGUGUAAGUGAGCGGCUAUUUUCUGAUUGGUGUGUGGCACGUAUUGAAGUUAUCGUAGAACGAGUUCUUGCGUGGAUUCUCCAUUGUUCGUAGAGCCUUACCCAGUACAAUUGUAUCAUAAAAGGAAGCUACACAAACGACAAACGCAUAGGAAUAUCCCUACGCUGCAAAUUGCUUCAGAACCAGACCCAGUCGUAGAAUUCAAAUCACAGAACGCACAACCGUGAAUUGUAUUAGGGAUUUUGGUGCCACUUAAACGCAAGAACGUUUCUUAUCCCAGUUAAGUCAAAGUUAAUGUUUGUGCCCAGGGUGCUAUUUGGUAACAACUGUUUAACACAUCUAGGUCAUACGAAUCCAGUGCCAAAUUUUACCGGUUAAGGUUAGAAGGCAGCAAAAAUAAAGGCAAAGAUAGGAUAUGAAUUUUAGACAUAAUACCCAGACAAAACUACUAGUCAUAUAUUUUACAAAAUAAAACAAGAGAUUUGGUUACGAACGAAAUAUAGGUAUUGGGAUAUUAGUCACCAGUAGGCACAACGAGAUUUUAUCAGAUUUAGCACGGGAACGAAAGAAUGCCAAGAUAAGUAAUCGGAGAUAAGCUGUUUACAAGAAACGUUGAUAAGGCAGUAAAGCGAGAUAGAAGCGAAUAAACUUUUGCGAAGAUUAUCUCUUUAGCAUGCUGUAGGCUAGUUCGGUUUGAUGUGUUGUGCGCUAUAGACUACACGGGAAUGGGUAACAAAAAUUCUUGCUGCUCGUAUUCGAGUCCUCCACCAACGCGGAAAACUAAGGAAGCGCCUGUGUUCGAGGAGCAUUUACCCGAAGGGGAACUUUCGACAAACAACUUGCAGCACAUCUCGGAGCGAGAAGGUGACGAUGGGGAGCACGAUCCGUCGGUUGACCCCUCCGCGGGGACAAUGUUCCUGGAACGAUCCAAGCAGAGUUUAGAGAAUGGAAUGACCAGGAAAAGGUCUCAGCACCAGAUAGCUCCUCAGGGUGGAACCGUACUGAAGAAAAGUAGUUCGUGCUCGACCAUUUACUUGGAUGAUUCAACCGUAUCACAACCGAACCUCAAAAAUACAGUGAAAUGUGUUUCACUGGCAAUUUACUAUCACAUCAAAACUCGCAACAGUGAGCGAAGGAUAGAUAUCUUUGACGAGAAACUUCACCCGCUGACUCGAGAUCCGGUGCCGGACGACUACGACCUGCACAACCCGGAGCAUCGGCAAAUCUACAAAUUUGUCCGAACGCUGUUCAACGCCGCCCAACUGACAGCAGAAUGUGCCAUCAUCACCCUGAUAUACCUGGAAAGACUACUGACGUACGCCGAGCUUGACAUUGCACCAUGCAACUGGAAACGAAUAGUUCUUGGAGCCAUCCUGCUCGCGUCAAAGGUGUGGGACGAUCAGGCUGUAUGGAACGUGGACUAUUGCCAGAUCCUGAAAGACAUCACGGUCGAAGAUAUGAACGAACUGGAACGGCAAUUUCUCGAGCUGCUCCAAUUCAACAUCAACGUACCGUCUUCAGUAUAUGCUAAGUACUACUUCGAUCUGCGAACGCUGGCUGAGGCUAACGAACUUUCAUUCCCCACGGAGCCCCUGUCGAAAGAACGGGCCCAAAAGCUGGAGGCCAUGUCCCGGGUUAUGCAGGACAAAGCGACCGCGGAAGCGCUGAAAAACGGUAUGAAAAAGUGGUCCUCCAUCGAUAACAUUCACCAGCAAGGCAACGUGCGGCGGAGUGUUGCCAUUCUGUCGUGAUUCCCCUGGACCGUGGACGUUUGGUGUUUGCGUGUUUUGUGUACUGUUCAUCCUAUGCCAAUGCUGGCGAUAGUGUCAUGUUAAGUAAGCAGCAGCAACAGCAACAGCUGGUACGGUUCCGCCGUCUUGUGAGGCCAAUUUUCGUGAUGUGCAUCGAAAAGCAGAGAGAGAGAGAGAGAUAGAGGAAACAGUAGAACCAGUCGAAUAAAGUUAGUCUAUGUGUGGCGAAGAAUCGGAAAGCUAGAUGCAAUUUUACAUGUAUUUUAUAUGUAUUUUUAUGAAAGACAAAGUAAUCCAAAAUCAAAGCAAACAAAAAACCAACGCAAACUAUUUUAUACUAGAUCCUUUGUGAACACAUGAAUAAAAUUUUUACAGUUUAUCGCAUGUAUUUAUGACCGCUGAAUGAGUAUUAUAAUCUGCGAGGAGACCUAUUUUUUCGGCGCUGUGUUGCAUCUUUCAAUUGUGUUAAUGGAGAAUCUGAAGAGUGAUAGAUACUGUUGAGUACUAUCAGGUUGAAGACUCGAAUACCAAGUAAAACGUAAAUGAUAUUUUUGUGUUAUGAUAUAGGUACUUUUAGUAGUUAACGAAAUAUAUAGCAGAACAUCAUCGAAAGAUAGACGAAGGACCUUUAAGUUAAAACGUCUACAUUCUACACAAAUAAAAAACGAAAGAUAGGAUUUUGAUUACAUUUUGUUAUGAUCAUCUCAUUGGGUGUAGAUAUAAGUAAUGCUGAUCAUACGCACACUGGUGGUGUUUUUGUUUUUGACGUUGCACUUGCCUUCUGUGGCACACAUAGAGCUAUCAUUUGCGAUAAAGGGGAAGCCUUUCGAUCGUGAUAAUACUCUGAUUUUUCGACGAAAUACGCGACUAAAAUGCAUUAAAUUGGGGUACAAUUUUCGAGCCAAUCCCAAAUAUGACAAAUUUAAACCGAGCAAUGGGCGGAAAAAUGUAAUACAUUUCAAUUGACUCCAAAUAGUUAAUAAAAUUGGUUUGCGGUCCUAGAUUCAUCCUAAAAUUAAAGAAAAGGAUUCAGUUAGGUUGUUUGCAAAAAAACUAUAACGUUUUUAAAACCAUCAUAUUUUUUAGAUAAAAUGUGAAUAUUUUUCAAUGUAGGGGAGUUGUGAACACCGCUAAGCUAUAAAUGAUAAAAAUGUGCUUACUACUGUUAAAUGUGUCUACUGUCAUGACGUCACUUUCUCAGCAAUUUUAUCCGAAUUAUACCCCAAUUUGAAUCGCCCGCUGCCGCAACCGCGAAUUCAGGAAGUUUAGCGUGAAUCAAUUGUCAAUGUUCAUCCAGAAUUUUCAUGAAGAUUGUGCAAAGGUUAGCAAUAAAAACUGCUUUUUUCAGUUCCAAAGAUGGCCGAUUUUUAAGCUUUCUCUGUUGAACCUUAACCCCUCCGGAAACCGUUCAGAAAUGCCAAAUAGAGUUGAUUAUCAGCACUCUAUUGUGGUUAUCACUGGCAAUUAGCAAAAAUAGCGAAAAAACAACAUAGCGACAAGAUUGUGAAACCGCCAUUUUUAAGAUUUAACCUCUUCAAUUCCGCAAUGCUACAAAAAUAUAAUUUGAAUUGAUUUUUAUAUGAAGUGUUUGAGCGACUAUUGGUCUUGAACCAAGGCAAAACUUAGUAGGAUGCAAAGGAAUCGAGUUAGGAAUCAAAAAGGCACACUAAACAAUAAAUUAAAUGGGUACCAAAAAAUAGUAACAAAUAAUUUCCAAUUUUCGGUGGUGGUGAAGCGGUGAAUAAAUCCAUGAACUGUUAAUUCAUGACCGUCCAAUUCCUGACCAACAGGGCCUAUAUAUUGCUUGAUGAUUGUUCUAAAAUGGGCGCAUGGAUCUAACAGGGUAUAUUUUCAAUUUUUUUGCUAUUUUGAAUUGAUUCCGUCGCAUGCUAAUCUUCGGUGAAAAGCACAAUAUUUAUUCAUGCCAAUGCUCAGUCUCCGUUUUACCGCACUGUCCGUUAAAGUACAACGUUUCAAUGAAAAAGGAGCACAUCAAUACGAGCAGCGAUACAACUGGCAACUGACAUACAAGUGAAAUUUUCAAUAUGUAUAAGAAAUAAAACUGGUUUUGAAAUUAUACCAGCAAGUAACAACUUGCCACUAGCCGGCGCUAAGAUCGAUCAGCAAACUCUAUAAGGGCGUUGCGUGCAAACUUGGAUACAAUGUUGAUUAUUGCAUGCAAAGUUUGUGUGAUGGUGAUUUUCAACGUAUUUUAAUUUAAAUGUUUACAAAGGUUUGUCAGGAAAUUUUGUUCUAGCUUAUAUGUCUGUUCUCUGUGGUGACACUUAGCUUAGCUUAGCUUACGCAGACUGCCCUAGUUGCACUUCGCUAAUAUCACGACCGCUCGAAACGAAACUGAAUCAGGAUCCAAUCCCAACCGCUGUCAAAAUAUAUGAACUUACGGCGGUUGGAGCUCAAUCAUUUUCUAUUAAUUUUCAACUCCAUUGGCGAUGUGAAUAUUUCUCCAUUGGGGCACUGACUAGGUUUUUCGAGCUAAAAUACAUAAUGCACACAUGAACAGCGGUGUUUCGAUCAAAAAUUGGUCAAACAAGAAUGUGUCUAAAUCGGUCAAACUUUUUAUUAAAAAUCAAGUUGUUUCUUUUGAAAUUUCAAUUUUGAAAUUCAAUUCAAUGCAAAAUAACAAAAAAAAAUAUUCACUCAAGCCUUCUUUUUAGCGAAUGCGAAUUGUCAGGUCUGUGGAUUGAAUCCCUCCAUCAAGUUUUGCACAGUCUGGUCACUUUCCUCGCCGUAGAACGCCAAUUUGCUUUAAAGUGCAGCUCGCUGAGAACUGUUUUUUGCGUCUUCGUGAGGCUUCGCUUGACGAUUGUCCAAUAUUUUUCUAUUGAGUUAAGCUCGGGUUUGUUUAUUUAUUUCUUAGUCUUCGAUAGUUUACACCGUACACUCAUAUACUAAUUCUAAAUCUAGACACUUUAAGGCACAUUAAAAUCGAAUUUAUCGUAAACUUCGUUAAAUAAUCGGCAACAUGCAUCCAGUGGGUUGUUUCGUCCAUAUUGAAUACGAUGGGUUGGUAUAGUCGAAAAAGUUACGCAUGUCGGGUCUGUCUCAGCAGGGAGUACAAUCGAAGUUUUUUAAUCAGUUCAGCACAGUCGAUAGCAAAACGCUGAGACAACUCUCCUGAUCUCCAGUGUUGGCAAAUGAAUAAGCCUGUAUCGAUUGUUGUAGGAGGGGAAGAUGAACAGGAUCUGACUACAGACGCUUUAUAUCAGCCCCCUGUCAAGGACGACGUCUCUGUACAGCCAGCAUCACUGCCAUGAAAGGCAAAACAUUGAUUUUGAACCGAAUGAUUAGAAGCUGUAUUUAGUUACAAAAUGUCGAUUUUCUGAAUGAUAUGAUAUUAAAUCAUCCCACAAGAUGCAAAACGUCGUGUGGAAUGCUUGAAUAUCGAGCAUA